GCUGACAUUUUGACAUUUCUGCUUUUCACUUUCAUCAAUUUCCACUCAAUUUCAUAAUUUCGAUCGAAGAAUGAAGAACCCUUAUUGUAUAUAAAAUAUCAGAAAUAAUUCAGUUUUAUUGAUUAUGCUAUGAACUAUUUUUAUUUUAUGAAUAGUAUUUUAUGGAUAGAUAAUUUCAGAAAUGGAGGAAGAACACUGUUUACACGAAUGUGAAAGUUACAUUCAAAGCCAUAACAUUCAAUUGUUAUUAAAAGAUUGUAUUGUACAGCUUUGUGUUAAUAAGCCAGAAAAUCCAGUUACGUUUCUCAGACAAUAUUUUCAAAAAUUGGAACGGGAGCAAGUGAAAGCGGCUGCAGCAGCUGCGGCUGCAUCUGAAGGGGAAGCAGAUGGAGAACUGUCACCUCUGCCCGUGCCCGGCGGGCAGCUGCCGCGGCGCCGCGGCGGCAUCAGCGCGGAGCCCAUGACAGAGGAGGAUGUUACUAGUUAUGUUAAAAAGGUGGUGCCAAAAGAUUACAAGACUAUGGGUGCCCUGUCCCGUGCCAUCGCUUCCAACGUGCUGUUCACACAUCUGGACGAGUCGGAGCGGGCGGACAUGUUCGACGCUAUGUUCCCGGUCCAGUUUCUCCCCGGCGAGACCGUCAUACGGCAGGGGGACGAGGGCGACAACUUCUAUAUUAUACACUCGGGCGAAGUCGAGGUGCUGGUGAACGGCGAGCCGGUGACGGGCAUCGGCGAGGGCGGCAGCUUCGGCGAGCUGGCGCUCAUCUACGGCACGCCGCGCGCCGCCACCGUGCGCGCGCGCACCGCGCUCAAGCUGUGGGGGCUCGACCGCGACUCCUACCGCCGCAUCCUCAUGGGCUCCACCAUCCGCAAGCGCAAGAUGUACGACGAGUUCCUGUCGCGCGUCUCCAUACUAGGUACUAAUACUAUUUAUAUCUUCGGCGAGCUGGCGCUCAUCUACGGCACGCCGCGCGCCGCCACCGUGCGCGCGCGCACCGCGCUCAAGCUGUGGGGGCUCGACCGCGACUCCUACCGCCGCAUCCUCAUGGGCUCCACCAUCCGCAAGCGCAAGAUGUACGACGAGUUCCUGUCGCGCGUCUCCAUACUAGGUACUAAUACUAUUUAUAUCUUCGGCGAGCUGGCGCUCAUCUACGGCACGCCGCGCGCCGCCACCGUGCGCGCGCGCACCGCGCUCAAGCUGUGGGGGCUCGACCGCGACUCCUACCGCCGCAUCCUCAUGGGCUCCACCAUCCGCAAGCGCAAGAUGUACGACGAGUUCCUGUCGCGCGUCUCCAUACUAGGUACUAAUACUAUUUAUAUCUUCGGCGAGCUGGCGCUCAUCUACGGCACGCCGCGCGCCGCCACCGUGCGCGCGCGCACCGCGCUCAAGCUGUGGGGGCUCGACCGCGACUCCUACCGCCGCAUCCUCAUGGGCUCCACCAUCCGCAAGCGCAAGAUGUACGACGAGUUCCUGUCGCGCGUCUCCAUACUAGGUACUAAUACUAUUUAUAUCUUCGGCGAGCUGGCGCUCAUCUACGGCACGCCGCGCGCCGCCACCGUGCGCGCGCGCACCGCGCUCAAGCUGUGGGGGCUCGACCGCGACUCCUACCGCCGCAUCCUCAUGGGCUCCACCAUCCGCAAGCGCAAGAUGUACGACGAGUUCCUGUCGCGCGUCUCCAUACUAGGUACUAAUACUAUUUAUAUCUUCGGCGAGCUGGCGCUCAUCUACGGCACGCCGCGCGCCGCCACCGUGCGCGCGCGCACCGCGCUCAAGCUGUGGGGGCUCGACCGCGACUCCUACCGCCGCAUCCUCAUGGGCUCCACCAUCCGCAAGCGCAAGAUGUACGACGAGUUCCUGUCGCGCGUCUCCAUACUAGGUACUAAUACUAUUUAUAUCUUCGGCGAGCUGGCGCUCAUCUACGGCACGCCGCGCGCCGCCACCGUGCGCGCGCGCACCGCGCUCAAGCUGUGGGGGCUCGACCGCGACUCCUACCGCCGCAUCCUCAUGGGCUCCACCAUCCGCAAGCGCAAGAUGUACGACGAGUUCCUGUCGCGCGUCUCCAUACUAGGUACUAAUACUAUUUAUAUCUUCGGCGAGCUGGCGCUCAUCUACGGCACGCCGCGCGCCGCCACCGUGCGCGCGCGCACCGCGCUCAAGCUGUGGGGGCUCGACCGCGACUCCUACCGCCGCAUCCUCAUGGGCUCCACCAUCCGCAAGCGCAAGAUGUACGACGAGUUCCUGUCGCGCGUCUCCAUACUAGGUACUAAUACUAUUUAUAUCUUCGGCGAGCUGGCGCUCAUCUACGGCACGCCGCGCGCCGCCACCGUGCGCGCGCGCACCGCGCUCAAGCUGUGGGGGCUCGACCGCGACUCCUACCGCCGCAUCCUCAUGGGCUCCACCAUCCGCAAGCGCAAGAUGUACGACGAGUUCCUGUCGCGCGUCUCCAUACUAGAAAGCUUAGAGAAAUGGGAGCGGCUGACGGUCGCGGACGCGCUGGAGCCCGUGUCGUUCACCGAGGGCGAGACCAUCGUGCGCCAGGGCGAGCCUGGCGACGACUUUUAUAUUAUUGUUGAAGGUACGGCGGUGGUGCUGCAGCAACGCAGCGGGCAGGCGGAAGGCGCGGCCGUGGAGGUGGGCCGCCUGGGCCCCUCGGACUACUUCGGCGAGAUCGCGCUGCUGCUCGACCGGCCGCGCGCCGCCACCGUGCGCGCCGCCGGCCCGCUCAAGUGCGUCAAGCUCGACCGCGCCAGGUUCGAGCGCGUGUUGGGGCUCUGUGCUGACAUCCUAAAGCGCAACAUUGCACAGUACAAUAGUUUUGUGUCUCUGUCCGUGUAACAAGUGUUCAAUGAACUCCAAUAUAGUCCAUAGCUUAAUAUAGUAAUAUUAGACUGAAACCUGUAUGGGUUUGAGUUAAACUUUUUAUACGAAAACAAAAAUAAGCCAGAAAACGCUAAUGCUUACAAAAUGUGUGGUAUGAUAAUAUUUAUAUGUAUAUACUUAAUAUCUUUAUUUCUUUAUAUAAUGUUUAAAUGUAGUGAUUUCUUUUGUUUAAAAAGUAUGUGUUCUUUCUUAUUUAUAAUUAAUGCCAAGUUUAUGAGUCUGCAUGUCUAAAGUUAUACCAUAACGUACAAAAAAAUGGACAUAAAAUAAAUAAUAGUACAUUGUGAUACAAGUGUGCUACGUUGGUCAUUGUCAUUACACACGAGGCGAUAUUGUGCGCGUGAGCUGAAAGCGAACGCUCAAUAAGAAAGCCGAUGUGUGUAAUGGCCAAUGCACACGCCUUUCAUAUGACGUUUUUCAACACACUUGCGAGAGAGAAAAAAACUUUUAUAUAAAUCAAAUUGUAAUUGUUAAAACAUUUAGUAAAAGACUAAAAUCUGUCAUACUGCCUGCCGGCGCCUCGGCCCUGCCGCCCGAGUAAUAGAGUUGUAAACUAUACUCUACUAAUUUAAGAAGGCUCCGUUUUCAUACAUAUUAUUACUAGUGGCUCUGUGAGCUGUAGACCUCGCGAGCUGAGCUUAAAACUGAGUAAAUGUAUGGCUUCGUUGUUUAGAAGAAUUUAGAGAAUCUAAUUUGACAAUUAAAACCUUAACUAUCGAACCUGCUUACAAAAUUCGGGAAUUGGUUUAGAAAUGCGACCAGUAGAGUAGAACAGAUGGACAUACGAAACAAUUUUUGGCUAACAGGCCAAUUCAAACGUACACUGAUAUCAGAAUGACGUCUAACUGAUGUCAUUUAGUUAUCGUGCAUUUCGCUGGUUCUUGUCCGUACAUGUAUUGGCGCAAGCGAGACGCACGAUGACUACUAAAUAACAUGAUAAAAAUAUCAUUCCGAUGUCAGUGUACGGUCGGUGCCCCAACUUAAGUAUCCACGUCGCCAUACUAAUUGUAUAGAAAAGUGGAUAGAGUUAGACCAAGAAAAGUCUGCAGAGAUUUUGACAGCACACGCAGUGCCAAUGUUAUUUGUGCCAGUGUCAAAAUCUCUGCAGACUUUUCUUGGUCUAACUCUACUUAUGUUAGGGAACCAACAUUACCUUUUAAUUAGCCUGUAAACUGCAACUGAGAAGCUUCGUGCGCGUUUGGUUUGCCAGUCUUUUCAGUCUUUGUUCCUCCUCGAGUCGCAAUAGAAGGAGUUUCAUGCUUUUAAUUUUAGUCGAGUAAGAAUUUAAAUAUCUAACUAAUCUAAAUUCUAAAGAGAAUAGACUAUAGGGGACGUGCAUGAAUUAUAGGGGGCAGCACAGGAGCCGUCAGAUCUUUGGCGCGAAGCGUAGAUGUGUAGUUUAUGAUUCCGAUGUAGCCCACAACAUGGCAGAACCUACUAUGCACAAGAAAACGUACCUACGAGAACGGUUGAUGGUAGCACUUGCUUUGGUAAUGUACAUGUGCACAUAUGUUUCCGAUUCAGGCCACAAGAUGGCAGGCCCUCCAACGCGCACGGUCCCUAUAGGGGGCGUGCGUGAACUAUAGGGGGCGGCAUAGGAGCCGUCAGAUUUUUGGCGUGAGGCGUAAAUGUGACGUUUAUGCUUCCGAUGUAGCCCACAAGAUGACAGAACCUAUACUAUGCAUAAGGAAACGUACCUACAAGAACGGUAGAUGGUAGAACUUGCUUUGGCAAUGUACAUGUUUCCGAUUCAGACCACAAGAUGGCAGACCCUCCAACGCGCACGGUCCCUAUAGUAGAGGGUUAUUGUCGUACUAAAUUUUGUAGUCACUGUAAAUCAGUGCUGUAAAUUUACUGCCAUCUUUCGAUACAGGAUUAAAAUGAAAAUGAAUAAAAAAUAUCAAUAAAUAUAUAUAUGUAUGGAUAAAUGAUUUUUUUUUAUUUUUAGAACGCCAUAUGAUUUUGACCCAUGUUCUUUUACUGAUAUGAGUAAAAAUUGUUAAAUAUAAAAUGGUGUCGCCAUCUAGACGAGCAUAGAGGCCAAAGGUAUGGCGCCGUAUAUUCAAGAAUCAAAUUUUCUUUAAAGCGCAAAAAGCCAUCAUCUCUUGCAAAAAUUAAACGAAUACGCUUAGCCCGCGCUUGAUAAAUAAAAAAUACGAUUUUUUUCAUUUUUUCAAAAUAAAAUAAUAAAAUAAAAAACAACAAUUGAUACGAAAUUUAAGUAUAAAAAAUACAAAAAGUUGUGUAGCAGCAUACAAUUACUGGGGAUGGAACCAGGGACCUCCAGAUGCAAACAAAAAAAAGCGAACGUUUGCAAAAUGCGCCAUGAUAGUUCUUACUAAAGCUGACGAAAUUUAGCUACUCAUUCUCAAGUAAAAACGAAAUAUCUAAAUACCGCCAAAACCAGCGAUACAAAUUUUCUGAAUUUUUGGACAUUUAAUCUAUAAACAUAUAUCAAAAAGAAAAAACUCUUAUGAUAUCGAUACGAUUAUUUGUUUAAGCGCUAGGUAUCACGACUCCGCCAUUUUUAAAAAUUUCCAAGAACCGGAUUGACAAUUUUUUUUUAUUUAGUCAUAGAAUCUGGUCACAAAAUUUCAUGAGAAUCGGUUAAGAAUUGCGACCUGUAGAGGAGAACAUCCGGAAAUACAAAACUAAAUAUCUAAAUACCGCCUAAACCAGCGAUAAUUUUUUUCUGCAUUUUUUGCUAUUAACUCUGUAAACAUGUCUCAAAAAGAAAAAACUCUUAUGAUAUCGAUACGACUAUUUGUUUAGGCGACAGAUAUCACGACUCCGCCAUUUAAAAAAAAAAUCCAAAAACCGGAUUGACAAAAAAAAUUUAUUUAGUCAUAGAAUCUGGUCACAAAAUUUCAUGAGAAUCGGUUAAGAAUUGCGACCUGUAGAGGAGAACAUCCGGAAAUACAAAACUAAAUAUCUAAAUACCGCCUAAACCAGCGAUAAUUUUUUUCUGCAUUUUUUGCUAUUAACUCUGUAAACAUGUCUCAAAAAGAAAAAACUCUUAUGAUAUCGAUACGACUAUUUGUUUAGGCGACAGAUAUCACGACUCCGCCAUUUUAAAAAAAAAUCCAAAAACCGGAUUGACAAAAAAAAUUUAUUUAGUCAUAGAAUCUGGUCACAAAAUUUCAUGAGAAUCGGUUAAGAAUUGCGACCUGUAGAGGAGAACAUCCGGAAAUACAAAACUAAAUAUCUAAAUACCGCUUAAACCAGCGAUAAUUUUUUUCUGCAUUUUUUGCUAUUAACUCUGUAAACAUGUCUCAAAAAGAAAAAACUCUUAUGAUAUCGAUACGACUAUUUGUUUAGGCGACAGAGGGGCUACCGCGAAAACCGAAAUUCGCAAAUUGCGGGGAUCUUACUCUUUUACUCCAAUGAAGGCGUAAUUAGAGUGACAGAGAAAAAUGCCCGCAAUUGACGAUUUUCGGUAUUGGCGGUAGCCCUACAGGUAUCACGACUCCGCCAUUUUUAAAAAUUUCCAAAAACGGGAUUGACAAAAAAAAAUAUUUAGUCAUAGAAUCUGGUCACAAAAUUUCAUGAGAAUCAGUUAAGAAUUGCGACCUGUAGAGGAGAACAUCCGGACAUACGAAAGCAAAUUGCUCGAGUCAAAACGUAGACCUUCGCUACGCUUCGGUCAAUCAGUCGGAUUAUCAUACAUUACAAUAUAACUAAGUGCUAUAAUAUAAUGAAAUAAGCACGCGUGUUUAAUUAUCUAGGGUUAUUAUUAUUAGCCUAAAAGCGGUUCAAUAAGUCCCACGUUCGUGUGUUGAAAAAAAAUUUAAAAUAUUAUUUUAUUACGUUCAUAUUAUUUUUAAGAAUUCUUUUUUAAGGAAAAAAUAUUAUUAUUCCUCUUCGCAAUUGGUGCAAUUUUAGCGGCCGGCUCUUAUGUGUUGUCCAGUUGUAAACUGUAUAAUAAUCAAGUUAAUAUAUUUUGGAGUGAAGAGACGUAACAUUUGGUUGGAGUAGGUAUGUGUGUUAUACAUUAAUAUUUUAAUAUGUACCUAUUCAUCGUAAGUCAAUUACAAUGAAGAAUAGUGUUGUUUUAUUCUGUAUUUUAAACCAAUAAAGAUA